CCUCUGUCACUAUCAGCGACGGCAGAGCGAAAUAUUUGCCGGAUAAGCAUUAAAGAAAUUGUAGAACGCAAGGUUCGUCAAGUAUUUGUGCAUCGCCUCAGCGAACAUCACUCGAGGCAAGAGCGACUGGAGACAUCUCCAUCAACAAUCCAGAUCAAUACCUGAGGAAUUCCAAACAAUGGCAUCUCUCAUCCGGCAACGAAGUAUCAUCCAGAAAAUCACCAAUUCGCCUCUACAACACCGUCAAUUCAGCAACACCACCCGCACAAAUGCCGAUUUCACACACGCAGUCAUCGGCGGAGGAGCAGUGGGUCUAGCAAUCGCCCGCCGCCUCCAACAACACAAUCCCUCCUCCACCACCACCUCUACAGUCCUCAUUGAGCAGCACAAAGCCGUGGGCACGGAAACCAGCAGUCGCAAUAGCGAAGUCAUCCAUGCGGGAAUCUACUACGGUCACGACUCGCUGAAAACGAAAUUAUGCGUACAGGGCAAGAACAUGUUAUAUGAGUUAUGCGACAGGCAUAAUAUCCCGUAUAACAAUUGCGGGAAAUGGGUUGUCGCGCAGGAUGAAGCGCAAGCGGAAGCGGUGGAAAAAGUCCACGCGUUUGCAAAAAGUAUCGGUGUGCCUACCAAUUUCUUGAGUAGAGAUGAAGCUGCCCGCAGAGAACCAGACGUCAGAGCCGAAACAGCAGUGCUGGAAUCUCCCACCACCGGAAUACUGGACAGUCACGCAUACAUGACAUACCUCCACGGCAGUUUCCAAGAUGCGGGCGGCGACACAGCACUAGGUGCCAAAGUCACAAGGAUAGAAGCGCCCUCUGCAUCCUCUCCCGACUGGAAAAUCUACACUUCAGACCCACAAGAUCCGAACUCGGAAACCGAUCCCAUCACCGCCGAAAUCCUGAUAAAUUCCGCCGGCUUAUACGCCUGCGAUAUAAACAAUAUGAUCCUACCCACCCACAGAAACAUGAAACCCUUUUACGCAAAAGGGAAUUACUUCAGUUAUGCGUCGUCCAAACCUCGACCGAAUGUUUUGGUGUACCCUGCUCCGGUUGCGGGACAAGGGGGUCUGGGUACGCAUUUGACUCUGGAUAUGGGCGGUCGUGUCCGUUUCGGUCCUGAUGUCGAGUGGGUGGAUAGUCCCACUGAUCUGACACCUACUUCCGACCCAACUCGCUUCAAAGCAGCUAUUGCGGAUAUCAAAAAAUAUCUCCCCGGUAUCGAUGAAUCUGCCAUCGCGCUCGAUUACGCUGGUAUAAGACCGAAACUGGGCAAGUUGGGCGCUGUGGGUGCUGGCAAAGGAUUCCAAGAUUUCUACAUCAAGAGGGAGGAAGGGUAUGAGAGUUUUGUGAAUCUGUUGGGAAUUGAAUCGCCAGGAUUGACGAGUAGUUUGGCGAUCGCCGAGGAGGUUUAUCAAUUGUUGUACAAAUGAUCUUUGACAGAGUUGUGUCAAAAGGAGGAAAGCUUGUUGGACAUCUUUACAUAGGAGGUGGGUCAUUCGCGGGUUCGCGAAAGUUGUGUCAUCUAAGCAUCGCUGGUGCAGUGGUUGUUGACAAGAAAAAUGAUCAAGGAAAAUA